AACUCCUUCACGAAAGGGAUGUAACAAGUUUAUUUAGCAACCCCCCGAAAAGGCAUAAGCUCUUACGGUGAUUUCUGAAGACGAAAGGGAACAGAAAUAAAAGUCUGGAAACAUCAGUAAAAGUUUCGGCCAUCAUUCGGACGGGGUCCGCUACAGUAAGAGCUUUACCUUCGCUGAUUCAGAUCCUCGCCGCACGUGCUGACAGACGGAUUCAACGUGACUAAAGGAAAAUGGAUGGCAGUACGUCAGAAUCAGCGUGAUGGUCUACGGAGCUGCGACGCUGUGCUGUAGUCGGCAAGUUAAGUAUGGAAAUUGAUACAGAAGAACAAAUAACUGGAAGCCUGCUUCAGACAGAGACAGAAAAGGAAAGGGAUCUAAAUGGUGCAGAUAAAGAUAAAAUUGCUGCAGAACGCCAGUGUCAUGUGCAAGACAGUGCAGAACUCCCUCGACGUUCCGAACGUACUUGUAUGCCUACGGAGAAAAUGCUUGCUUAUCAGAAAGAUGAAUGCUGUAAGAAAGAAAAAAGGUUAAUAACUUUGUAUGAGCAAUGGAAGUUAGAUGCCCGUAAAGCAAGACAGACCUUAAAAACAGACAUAACUGAUAAGCAACUGGCUGAAAUUGCUGACUCUCUUGAGGAUAAAAGGAACUGUAUUCUGAAACUUUUCAGUGACAUAAGACAAUAUGUUACACCUGCUGCUGAUUUAAGACGUAAAAUUGAUGCAUGUGAAGCUGUGACCAAUGAUAUCAUCAAAUUUGUGUAUGACAGAAUGACAACUGUAGAUGGCGAGUUUGAUGCAGAGAGAGAAAAAGUUCGUCUAAGUGAACUAAAAGCACAUAGUUAUGCUCGCUCUAUAUAUGGUUCAACUGCUUCAAAAAUGAGUGUCAGCAUGCACUCUGGAUCUUCUUGUUCUGCAAGCAAACGUGCAGAUGCUGCAGCAGAGCUGGCUGCAAAAGAGGUUGAAUACAAGAUGAUGGAAACGGAAAGACAACAAAAGGAAAGAAUAAGAACCUUAGAAGAGCAACUCAGAAGAGAGUUAGAAACUCAAAAGUUUGAGCUAGAACGGCUGCAGGUAGAAAAGGAUAUUGAAGUUGCUCGUGCCAGAGUAAAAUCCUAUGAUGAAGAAAUAAAACAAGAGACAAGAAGUGAGUCAACACAGAAUAAACAAGAAGAGCAGAGAAACAAAAUGUUACAUCAGCAAAGCAAUGUUGUACAGUCAACACCUCUCAGUGAAGUAACUCAUCUUGCUCAAGCAGUUCAGGACAGUAUAGCCAUUAACAGGUUACCCAUACCUGAACCCGCAGUGUUCAGCGGAGACCCAAUUCAGUUUGUAAACUGGAAAGCGUCAUUAAUAGAUAGAAAGGGCAUCCCAGCAGCUGAUAAACUCUAUUAUGUAAAAAAGUAUGUGAGUGGCUCAGCACACAAAUAUCUUGAGGGCACCUUUUUUCGAAAUGACGAAGAAGCCUAUAAAGAUGCUUGGGACAGACUAAACCAAAGAUACGGCCAACCCUUUGUCAUUCAAAGAGCGUUUGGAUAA